AUGUAUCCCAAGAUUGCACUCGUUGCUGCCCUGCUGGCUUCGGUCGAGGCUCGGUUCGGAGAGGAACAGUCCGUUGCCAACGACAUCCAGUCUCUGAGCAACUUUGGUAACCCCGGCGAGGCUGCUACCCUUGCGGGCGCAAGCCCCGGCGUCCUGCUCGCGGGUGCCAAUGCCUGUGCCAAGCUCCAACUUGCCGACAAGAUCGUCGCUCAGCUCGGAAACGAUGCGGUAGUCAUUGCGGUCGCUGCCAAGCUUGUUGCUGCCGAGAAGAACACCAACCCGUUCGUCGUCUCCAUCCCCAGCAUCUGCUCGGAUGUGGGUCUGCCCGCCACCGCCGAACUUCGCGGCAUUGUUCCUUUGAUCGACCCUGCUACCACUGGUUCGGACGUUGAGAACGCCAACUCGGCUUCUUCUCUCGCAAAGCCGCUUGGCGCCAACGGCCUCAGCGUCGCUCAGGUUGCCAUUAACGCGGGCUUUUCCAACUUCACAGCCCAGGGCUCUGACGGGAAGACGGCGGCUGCCGCCGACCUUGCUGGUGGCGCCGCCGCUGCGCCUCCUCCCGCUGCCACUACUGCCGCUGCCGUCGCCGCCUCCAGCACUGCGGUUGCCUGCACUCCAGUGACUCGCACCAAGUUCGUCUCGGCCGCGCCCGCUGCCGCCACCACCGCUGCCGCCGCCGUCGACAACAAGAACAACAACAACGGUGUGGCCAAGUCAACGAUUGCGGGUCUCGACUUUGGUCUCUGCGCCCCCACUAUCAAGUUUGAGGGUGGCCUCGGCGGCCGCCCGGCCACGGAAUUCACCUUCCAGGCCAUUGACCCUCUGGUCUCCAAGGGCCAGCAGGAGGCGCUCAACCCCAACAUCAUCACCAACCGCAUCUGCGACCAGCUGACCAAUGUCUGCGAGGCCAACGCCGCGGCCAAGGCGGCUUGCCUGGCCGCAAAGGCCCAGAUCCUGGCGCUGGGAACCCGCAACGCCGACACUGCCAACACAUGGAACACGGUCCUGGGCUUUGCCGGCACUGACAUCAGCCCCGACGCUUAA